UAAAGCUUAGAAUGGCCCCCUAUAUGCACGUGUGUGACACAACCAAGGUAAGCCUGCGACUAAUUUGAUAGCAAGAACUGACGUUGACCACCACCACCAGCUGCAUAGCUUUGGAAACUCAAUCCGGAGAACUGUCAAGCCCAGUCACCGACUGGAUCCCUCACUCAUCUGCUACCAAUCUAGGAAGCCCGAUAGAAAUAAAACAACAUUUGCAUCCAAUCGAUUAAGACCCGCCAGGUAAUGCCCUUCAAACUAUUUCAUGGGGAAGGGGGUGGGUAGGUGGGAGAGAGAGAGAGAAAUAUUUGAUGCCACCGCAUCAGCGACUUCCUAACAGUCGGCUGAAACGGCUGAGGAGGAGAGAGGAAAACUUUUUGCCCUGCGGUUUGCAAAGGUCUACAUCACGCAGCUCCAGUCGAAGGCAACUUUUCAAACGGGAGGUCUCCCCCUUGUCUUCCCCGCAAGCGCGUCUCCGGCUCCCCCGUCGAAGGAUCCCCGUCAGCGACAUCUGCGAGUCCCGUCCUUGCCGCGACCCGGCUCUGGGUGCCCGGAGACGAGAGUUGCCCGAAGUUCUUCCUCGACAGCUCCGGCUGGCUUCCCACCCGGGCUCGGCGGCCGGCCUGGCCCGGCGCUCUUCCGCCCUCAGUCCCCUACCUCGAGUUUGCGUGUUUCUCGCUCUCUCUCUCUCUCUCUCUCUCUCUCUGCCUGCGAGAGGGGGAUUAAUUAAACGGGGCUGCAGCUGAAGGAGGCUGCCGUGACGAGCCCAGUGGCGAUUGGCCGCCCGCCUGCCUGGCCCUGCCUUUAUAAUUUCCACACGAGCGCAUCUGGGCUCUUAGACAAACCAACAGCCAGCUUUUUCUGACAUAUAUAUAUACAUACACACACACACACUGAGAGACACAGUGACAGAGAGAGAGAGACCCUGCACUUUCCCCACCGUCUGACUGAGAACCCCCGCACGCACACGCAGUGGCUACUGCAGGAAAAGCAUAAAUAAAGACAUGCCCAGAGGUGUUAUUAUUUUGACUAUUGGAAGCCUUGCGGUGUCUGGGUUCAAACUUUGAUCUUACAAAAAAAAAAAAAAAAACCGACAGCUCUCCAUGCUUCCAACUGCUCAGGCAACGACCCUUUGAAAUAAGCAGGCUUUUUUGUUUUGUUUUUAAAAGAGAUCUCCCAGAUCCAGCCAGCAGCCAGAGGAGACGGCAUCUGAGACAGAGCAGGACCGGCUCGGCGGCGGCAGCAGCAGCAGGAGCAGGAGCAGCAGCAGCAGCGGCCGCCCCGCGCCUUCCGUCAGGCUCUCUGGCCCCCGUUUCCCGGCGCGAGGCAGCCCGUUUCUCCUCUGAAGUUGGCUCCAGCCCUAGCAGCCGCAUUGGAUCCCACAGCCUACUGCGAGACUCCGGUCUACAACCCGGAUCUCUGCCCCAACAUGAUCGCGGCCCAGGCGAAGCUGGUGUACCACCUGAACAAGUACUACAACGAGAAGUGCCAGGCGCGCAAGGCGGCCAUCGCCAAGACCAUCCGGGAAGUGUGCAAAGUGGUCUCGGACGUGCUGAAGGAGGUGGAGGUGCAGGAGCCGCGCUUCAUCAGCUCCCUCAACGAGAUGGACAACCGCUUCGAGGGCCUGGAGGUCAUCUCGCCCACCGAGUUCGAGGUGGUGCUCUACCUCAACCAGAUGGGCGUCUUCAACUUCGUGGACGACGGCUCGCUGCCCGGCUGCGCGGUGCUCAAGCUGAGCGACGGGCGCAAGCGGAGCAUGUCGCUCUGGGUGGAGUUCAUCACGGCCUCGGGCUACCUGUCGGCGCGCAAGAUCCGCUCGCGCUUCCAGACGCUGGUGGCGCAGGCCGUGGACAAGUGCAGCUACAGGGACGUGGUGAAAAUGGUGGCCGACACCAGCGAGGUGAAGCUGCGCAUCCGGGACCGCUACGUGGUGCAGAUCACGCCGGCCUUCAAGUGCACGGGCAUCUGGCCCCGCAGCGCGGCCCACUGGCCCCUGCCCCACAUCCCCUGGCCGGGGCCCAACCGCGUGGCCGAGGUCAAGGCCGAGGGCUUCAACCUCCUCUCCAAGGAGUGCCACUCGCUGGCCGGCAAGCAGAGCUCGGCCGAGAGCGACGCCUGGGUGCUGCAGUUCGCCGGGCUUGGUGAACAGUUGGUGAUGCAUGCUGUCGCAAGUAGUUGUCGCCUCUCCGUCCUCAAAACGCUACGGGAUCGCCACCUGGAGCUGCCCGGGCAGCCGCUCAACAAUUACCACAUGAAGACGCUGGUCUCCUACGAGUGCGAGAAGCAUCCCCGGGAGUCGGACUGGGACGAGUCUUGCCUGGGCGACCGCCUCAACGGGAUUUUGCUGCAGCUCAUCUCCUGCCUCCAGUGCCGGCGGUGCCCGCACUACUUCUUGCCCAAUUUAGACCUCUUCCAGGGCAAGCCUCACUCCGCCCUCGAAAACGCAGCCAAGCAAACGUGGCGGCUGGCGAGGGAGAUACUCACCAACCCGAAAAGUUUGGAAAAACUUUAGAGGGCGAUAAAACUGGCGGCCUUAAACUAUUAAACAUCGCCUUUUUUUUUUUUUUGCGUGCGUUCGCGUUUUCGAGCAUUCUGAGUAAAAACAAAAGGAGAGAGAGAAAGAAAGCGAAAGGAUCUCCAUGCGAGAACACAAACCUGGUGGUGGUAUGCUAAAAAGGAGAGACCGUCCACACACACCUACCCACCCAAAGCCAACAGCAAGUAUUAUGAUUAUUGUUUGCAUCACAAUUUUCUUUAAAAAAUUUGAAAACGUGUAUGAUUAUCACCUGGGAAAAUGCAAUGUCGGCUGGCUGUAAUAACGCCUGAUUGUGACCACUGCCUACCAAUGGAUUAUAAAAAGGCCGGUAUUUUUUAUGUAAACCUCCAUGUGAGUAAAAGCUUAUUUGGAUAUACCCUUCAGAACCGCAACUACAAAAACACUUCCCUACCAUGUACAUUUUUAAUUUGUUUGGGAUAUUGUGAUCUCACAUUUGUCUUUUGAAAUUGUGGAUGUUAGUGUUUUGUGAUUUGGUGAACAGGAGUUAAAUUGCCAUUUUUGGAUACUUCAGGACUUUUUUUCCGCUUAAGAAGAUACCAUUUAAAAGGUAGAUUUUAUCAUGGUACUUUUUGUUAAUUGUCUUUUGAAGUGUCUGAAUUUAAAAGUUUACAUUUUUUGUUUCAAAUAUAUUGCUUGUUCUAUUUCUAACAUUCCAUAAAUAUACUUGAAAUGUUAUUUAAAUAUAUUCAGAAGAAAUGUGGAUUUUCCUUAUAUAAUUGUGAAUAUUGGAAUUAUAUAUUUGAAAAAAAUGCACUUGAAAUACACUGGAUAAUUACUUUUUUGUGACUUAGAUUUAAAUUUCUGUUGAUUUUAUUUAAUUACAAGUUAAUAAAGUAAAAUAAAUAUGGUUAAGCGUU